ACCACCGGGCGCGCGCUACCUCGCAGUGCCUCUUUUGUGGUGCCGGCAGCGCGCUUUGCUCGCCGGCUGGCUGGGUGCCAAGGACCAUCUCGGAACUUUCCUGGUCGGCGUGACAGACAGGUAAUGGGACGGGACUCGUCGUCUUUGCGGACUCGGGGAGGGGGCGUUUCUGAGGGAUGAAUGAAUUCUCCCUCUUGCUCUCCACCAAUACGCGCUUGCCCAACAGGUGCCUCGCUAUCUGUUACUCCGGCCGCCAGGCUUCUUGUGCCUUUAAUAUCAGCGAAGUGCAGAAGUUCAGCAGGUCUAGCUUCUUGCUGUGGAGAGGCAGUGAUCGGAAAAGACUCCCCUGUUGAAUGUCUGCCUGUAAUGCAGCAAUUAAAGCGACGGAGAGAUAAAGCGACUGCCAGAUGCUGUAACGAUGGAAUUGAGCUGCACUGAAGUACCUCUUUAUGGACAGAUAACUGCGUAUGGAAAAUUUGACAAAAUUCUCCCUGAGGAUGCUGAAUUUUACUUUGUUUACAGUGGGUCAGCACAGAGACAUGUGGUUUUUGCCAAGCACGUUGCUGAGAACACUCUUGAAUCAAUUAUUCCAGCUCAUGGAAGACAAGAAAACGUUUCCAUCUCUGCGGUCAUGUACACUAAGGAAGGUAUACCUGUGAUGCUGGGCUUCUCAUCUGUUACAUACAAGCAGGAUAUAGCUUCUGAGUUAGCCUGCUUUUUGGUGAGCCAAGCGGAUUGUCUCACUCCCUCUAGUCAUCACACAGUUCUCAGUAAAUUUGGGUUAAUGGCGGAAGAUGUUCAGUCAUUGGACCAUGACAUUAUGUUAGCUAUGGAUCAUGAAGAGACUCCAACUGCUUGGAAUGUCACUGGAGGUGAUUCAGAAGAUGGACCUAAACAUAAGGAAACACUUCUCCAUCUCUCAAUGAGAUUGGGUUUGGUUAAAUUUUCCCAGUUCCUGUUAUCUCAGCCAGGUGGGACAAUUGCAUUCAUUCUUCCUAACCAAGAUGGGUUUACACCAUUGGAUUUGGCUUUACAGAAUGGACACUCCAAACUGAUUGACAUUUUCUCCAGUACCCAGGUCAGCCAUCCGUUUGAGAUUUCUAAAGUGGAGCUUGGCGAGAAUGCUGUCCUACAAUUUGCUCAUUCAUCAGGAGCUCUGACUCUGACAUUUAAUCACACAGCAGACCAUUUGCUAGAGUCUGACAUUCAGCUCUUCAGGAAAUACUUCUGGGACAGAGCUUUGCUUCACAAGAAUCUUAUUCCAAAGCAAGCUGAGACAUUGGGAGGACUGCAAAUGCCUUGCAACUCUACAGCUUCUACAGAAGAUCCUAGGGCCUUUGUAUCUGAAGAGUCAUCUCCUAAAAAUGAAGAUGUGAUGUUUUACAGAGAUCACAUGAUUCAGCCUAUUGAAAAUGAAGAUGAUUCCUUGUUGGAUUUAGAACAACAAUCCCCAUUUGAGGCUUCUAAAAAACUCUCAAAUCCCUCCACCUUCUUUGCUGCAGCAAGACUUUCUGCUAUGCUGAACGGAAGUGAUGAAGUGUAUGCAAACCGCAUGGUUGUGAAUCAGAUGGAAGAUUCUAGUGUCCGCUACGCUAAUGUAGGUCAGUCUGCUUCUGAAGCAGACCAGGAAGACUCAAAUGAAGAGCCAGAAACGUCAGCAAAUAGCACAGAUGGCAGAAACCCAUCACCAACCCUACAUUCGCCUCAUUUGUAUGCAGGGAGUUCUUACCUGCCACUCAAGAUGUGUGCAUUUAGCAAUCAACGAAAUCAACACUAUUCCAUCAUGAAAAAGAGAAGUUCUAGUCUUGAUGACUUGGAUGUAGACACCGGAGCUGAAAGAAUUUCUAACAGAUCCCAUAACCGCUACCCUUCAAUGUCCUUCAGCUCUUCUGUGGCCUUGGAUAGUAGCAGGGAUGGAUUUAGUUCUUCAGAGACAGGCACGGAACUGGAUUGUAACAUAAGCAGGGCGGAAUCCCUUCCCUUGUCUGACAAUAUGCAGUCAAAGGAAUCAUUACUGUCUGGAAUUCGAUCUCGCUCAUAUUCUUAUACCUCCCCUAAAAUCUUAUUAGGGAAAUCGCACUGUGUGCGUGACUUCGCAAUAUGUGAUUCAAAUGAUGAACAGCAUGCAUACAACUUGUCUGAACAGUCAAGAGAGAAAAGGAUUCAAGAGGAGGAAUGGGAUAAGUUCAUUAUACCUACGAAAUCGGAAUCUGAAAAAUAUAAAGUCAGCCGUACUUUCAGCUUUCUGAUGAACAGAAUGGCCAGUACACGGAAUAAAUCCAAGGCAAAAAAUAAAGAUGCCAAAGAGAAGGAAAAACUUAUCAGGCAUCAAUUUGUUUCUGCGACUUUUGCUGGAGUAAUGCCAUGUUUCGCAUGCGAAAAACCACUUUUGGGGAAAGAGUCAUUGCAGUGUUCUUAUUGCAAUGCAAUUGUGCAUAAGAGUUGUAAAGAUUGUGCUUCAGCUUGCACAAAACAGAAAUUCCAAGAGAGAUGCCAUUUUAAGAGCAGAACACAAGCAAUCCAGACAACUCCAUCAUUCAGGGACACCCCACAGCCAACAUUCUCCUCAAUGCACCCAUCUACCUCAGUACCCAUUCGACUCUCCAUUGUAAAGAAAGACGUCCUGCAGCAACCACACUCCUUAUCCAAAAGUGUUCCAAGUACCAGUUCUGAAAGAAAAAGUAUGUCAUCUUCUGAGCCAGAUACCGAUACCAGCAGUUGGCGAUCCAGGUCACAUUCGGAAGAGCUGUUACAAUCAAUAGGAACUGCUGCAUCAGUUGACUCUUUUGUAAUUGAAGAUGAUGUAGAUGCCUCUUUAUGGAAUGAACUCAGCACAGAUGCGUUGGAGUUUGAGGCAGAAUCCUGGAGUCUUGUUGUGGACCCUUCAUUUUGUAGCAAGCAAGAAAAGGAUGUUAUCAAAAGACAAGAUGUGAUUUUUGAACUGAUGCAAACAGAAGUGCAUCACAUCCAUACUCUGUUCAUUAUGUCUAAAAUAUUCAGGAAAGGAAUGAAAGAAGAACUACAAUUGGACCACAGCACUGUGGACAAAAUAUUCCCUUGUUUAGAUGAGUUGCUAGAACUUCACCAGCAGUUAUUCUGUAGUAUGAAGGAGAGACGACAGGAAUCAAGUCAGGAGGGAAGUGAUAGAAAUUUUGUAAUCAGCAGAAUUGGAGACAUCCUUGUCCAGCAGUUUUCAGAAGAGAAUGCAAACAAAAUGAAGAAGAUCUAUGGGGAGUUUUGUAGUCAUCAGAAAGAAGCAGUCAGCCUUUUCAAAGAGCUGCAACAAAACAAAAAGUUCCAGAAUUUCAUCAAACUUCGGAACAGUCAUCUUUUGGCUCGACGUCGAGGAAUCCCAGAAUGCAUUUUGCUUGUCACUCAAAGAAUCACCAAAUACCCAGUUCUAGUAGAAAGGAUAUUGCAAUAUUCCAAAGAAGGAACAAAAGAACACCAAGACUUAUGUAAAGCUCUUUGCCUCAUCAAGGACCUGAUUGCAGCAGUUGAUUUGCAAGUCAAUGAAUAUGAGAAAAAACAAAAAUUGAUGGAGAUCCUUAGUAAGAUGGAAAAUAAAACAUACACCAAGUUGAAAAAUAGCCAUGUGUUCAGGAAACAGGAUUUGAUCAAGAAAGAGAGGACUCUUCUGCGUGAAGGUGUAGUCUACUGGAAAACAGCUACAGGGCGUUUCAAGGAUAUAUUAGCUUUGCUUCUAAACGAUGUGAUGCUGUUUUUACAAGAAAAAGAUCAGAAAUAUAUCUUUGCAGCUGUUGAUCAGAAGCCUGCUGUGAUAGCCCUUCAGAAACUGAUUGUCAGAGAAGUAGCCAAUGAAGAGAGGGGGAUGUUUCUGAUUAGUGCAUCAUCCACAGGACCAGAGAUGUAUGAAAUUCAUACGAGUUCCAAAGAGGAACGCAGUUACUGGAUGAGGCAGAUUCAAGAAGCCGUGGAAAGUUGUCCAGAGGAAGAGGGGAAAAUGAGUGAAUCGGAUGAAGACCGAAGAAUAGCUGAAGCAAGAGCAGCCAAAAUUCAAAAAUGUCAAGUCAUCUUGAGUAACCAGGACCAGCAGAUCUGCAGCUGUUUGGAAGAUAAACUUAAUAUCUAUGCAAAGCUUGGAGAUAUGAGUGGAUUUGAAGAUGUGCAUAUCGAACCUCACCUGCUUAUAAAACCUGACUCUGGAGAAAUACCUCAGGCGGCCUCACUUUUGGCUGCAGCUCUCAAGGAAGCGGAAAGUCUCCACAUGGCCGUGACAUUAUUGCAGACGAAUGACGCAAGCCAGUCAACAAAAGAGAAUACUGGGGAAUCAAACUUGACUGAAAAUCUUAGUGCCGUCGAAGUCUGUGAAUCUUUCAAUGACUUUACAGAAUUAAAGGGAGACAAGGAUCCUUAUGAUUCAGAUGCCCACGAUGCAAACAACGUAGCUGAAGAUGACUUGAUGAUGGAUGAGGAAAGAAGCACAUCUUUCGCUGCUUCUGCACAAACUGAGAUCGUACAGACUAUCCAGAACCUAACCCGCCUCUUGUACAGUGUACAGGCAGCCUUAGCCAUCCAGGAUAGUCACAUGGAGAUCCAUAAGCUGCUUCUACAGGAACAAGAAAGAUCCAGCUGGAGUCCUAGUUCUCGUAGCACCUCCCUCCUUGAGCAAGAAAAACACCGGAACGGUAAGCAGAAGGAGGAACUUGCAAACAUACACAAACUUCAGCACCAGUUUCAGCAGGAGCAGCAGCGAUGGCACCGCGAGUGUGAGCAGCGGCAACAAGAACACGAGACGAGAGAGAGCUGGUUGCUGGAGAAAGAGAAGGAGUGCCUAAGCCAAGAGGAGCUGCUCUGCAAAAACCGAGGAGAGCUGGACACCCAGCUGCAAGACUACCAGCAGAACCUGGAAAGGCUCAGGGAGAGCCAAAGGAUGGUUGAGAAGGAGCGGGAAACCAUAAAGCUGCAGCAAAAGAUCUUGCGCCACUGGAAGCACAGCCACCCAAGCAGUCGACCCACAGAGAACUCAUCAGGGAACCAUCAGAUCAUGGGACUCAAUCAAUCGGACAGUUUUUGUGGUGGAAAUUCAAUCUUCAUAAAUGAAGCCGUUGUACAGAUGUCAUUAAACCAUCUCAACAGAUCAAAUUCAACGGUCGUUUACCAGGACAGUGGACACAGAGUAAACCUGCCAAAUUCAGAUUUAUCAAGGACUAGUGAAAAUCAGGUCACCCUCAACAUGGAUGUUGCUUUUCAACAAGUAUUCCCAGGUGAUCCCUCAAAAUCCACAAGACUCUGCCAUCACUCCUCAUCCUCCUCAUGCACAAGCAGCACAGAUGCUUGUCACAAUCGCAGUUGUACUGAAGAUGUGAAUAGCAGAAUGAAUUCAGCCAAUGAAGACUUCAUUAGGAAUCCAGGCAUCAAUUCAGAUCUCUCAUCAAAAAGCCAAAUACCCAAGUAUCAAGACAUAAAUGCAGUGCAGAGCCAGUGCCCAAGAUCUAACAGUUCAAGUCACGGCAAUAUUCAGCUGCUACAUUCUUCAGAUGUUCUGCUUCACAAUCUACCUUACGACUUGGGACAAGAUUCAGAAAAUGGAGGCACUGAAGAAAACAUUGUUUAUCUCUAAUCUCUCCUCCUCUGCUACCAGUGGCACAAUUGGAUAGCUUUUCUAAUUGUUCAUAAAUAGUUGUUUUUUGCUUUGAGGAUUUAGUGUUUAAUACAAAAUGCAGUUUUCCAUAUCAAUACUAUACGCAUUAAGUUAUUUAUAAAACAUGCCUGUAACAUGUACAUUAUCACACACACACACUACAUGAAAAAUGCUCUACAAAGAAUAUCUGAAAUAGCUGGGCAUUAAAAUCAGCAAUAGCUAGGAUGUGUGUGAUGAGAUUGCCGCUAGGGAUGUGCAAGCUGGCUGUGAGACUGGCUCAUUUAGAAUCCAGAUUGGAUUCGAACUAACCCGGCCCUGUCCGGGCUCAACCAAACCGGGUCCAGUCCCAUCAAUGAACCGGGCUGAACUGGUUUGCAGGCUGGCUGAAGAGGUAUACUUGUAAAAGGGUAUACACCCCCGAGCCGGCCCUUGAGCUGGUUCUUCGAACCAAGAGUUGGUCUGGUUUGAACUCAGACUGCUAUCCUCCUUUGGGAGGCUAGUCCAGUUCAAACUCGGACUGCUUGAACCGGGCUGGCUCAAUGUCGAGCCCGACUCAAAGCAUGCCGGCUCACACAUCCCUAAGUGCCACCAUGGCACUACUAUGGAACUGUGGGUGGGGACAGAGCUGCAUCUCAGUAGUAGAACAUCUGCUUUGCAUGAGAAGGUCUCAGAUUAAAUCCCUGGCAUUUCCAAGUAGGGCUAGGAAAGACGCCUGUCUGAAACCUUGAAGAUCUGCUACUAAAGUAUACAAUAUUGAGUUAAAUGGACCAAUUGUCUCACCCAGUGUAAGGCAGCUUGUUAUGUAACAUUGUUCUUUCAAGUUUAGACAGUGUAUGCUUCAUAUAGCCAGCAUUACAUGUAUAGGAGUAUAAGAAAUUUUAUAAUGCAAGUCACCAAUUUCUUAAUACCAGUGAUACUGAACAUGGAGGAACAAGUGUGAAAAGCUCAACUCUGGAGUAUAUUGUACCACUACCUGCUGCUUAUUACCUUCACUUCUCUUUGCCUUUUUAGGCAUCAGUUCAGCUAUGCCCUAGUCACACCAUGUCCACAUCAAGUUAUAUUGCACCUUUCCUAGGUUUCAUGACUAUAGCAUAUACCAUGGAAUCAGCACCUUGGCACACACCAUCCUUCUCUGAGGACUUUGUGAUGCACAAAGCUUAGAGGAGCUCCAUGCUGCUAUUGCAGCAUAAUGGUCUUUCCAAGUUCCUACAUCAUCUUUUACCUUUGGGUGAGGGAAGCGCACCUGGAAUAUUUCCCAAAUAACAUUAGCUAAGAACUCUUUGGAUCUCAUUCUGGCCUCUUUAAAUGAUGACACAUUAUCGCUCAAGAAGAAGAAGUCAGGCCUUCUGCCAAAUUCUAGUUAGAUUAACAGUCUGUUCCCACACUCAGCAUUUUGCCCUGGAGCCCAGUAUGGCCCCAAGUUGGUUUCAAAAACUGAGGCACUUCAGGAAACAGAUCAAUCAAUCAAUCAAUCAAUCAAUCAACUUUAUUACGGUCAAAGACCAGCAUACAGGAAACAGAUCUCUAUUUAGGCAUUCUAGCCUCACCAGGCUAGGUUCUCUUCAUGUUAAUGCUUAUCUAUAAAGGUAAAGUGUGCUGUUGAGUCGAUUUCGACUCCUGGUGCCCACAGAGCCCUUUUUUUUCUUUGGUAGAAUACAGGAGGGGUUUACCAUUGCCUCCUCCCGUACAGUGUGAGAUGAUGCCUUUUGGCAUCUUCCUAUAUUGCUGCUGCCCAAUAUAGUACCAGCGGGGAUUCGAACCAGCAACCUUCUGCUUGUUAGUCAAGCAUUUCCCCCGCUGCACCACUUAAGGUGCUUAUCCAUAGUGACUGUUUAUGUCACAAAUUCAGUCUCCUAUAGCAUGUAUAUAACUUGCUUUUCAAAAUGCUUUAGGUCAGUUUUAUGAUGUAAAUUUUGCUUGGCUACAGCAAGUGCCUUUUCUUAUCAUAGCAUCACAUGGAUAUCUGCGAUAUAAAAGAAAGGAGGAAUGGGAGAAAAAUGUAGAAUGUAAUUUUUUUUUGUAGUCUAGCCAAAAUUCACUGCUUUCCCACAUGCAUCAUGUCUACCAAUCAAUGUGUUUGUUUCAAAACACUGAGAGCUUUGAUGUAUUGUAGAGUAAAAAAUCAGGGGUGUUGUUUUCUUUUGUAUUGUAUACUUUUUGAAUUUAAUAAAUAUUCUAUAUCUGCAAA